AUGCGAGCUUUUGAGAUCCAAGUCAUUAAAGCCCAGGUCAAUGCUGACAUGCAGGCGUCGCCUCAAGCCACGUACUGCUACGACACUGAUCUACAAGCUGGGGACUACUCCCCAGCUGCCGUUCGAGAAUUUGAAAAGGGAAGCUUCCAGGGCGCGUAUUCUUCCAAUGGCUGGCGACCGAUCGCGUACGCCUUUUUCGACGAUACCGGCGAAUACGGCAGUCGCUGGAAGAGGGUCGAGCAAAGCGCAUUCAAACUCGGGUAUGAAGAGGUGGUGGAUAUAUACGAGGCCCUAUAUGGUCCAUUGGAAGACCUUCCUGAUGACGCCAGCGAAGAAACGAAAAUCGAGCAACGACGCAAGCUGGUGAACGUGGUCCGGCUCCUCCUUGGUGCUUUGAAGGACGACCUGGAGAAAGAGACAGCAGGACGCGAAGAGGAGAUGCGCGGCCGCGAUUUCGAGGAUGACGAAGACGAAGACGAUUCAGAUGAGCGAGAAAUGUACGGCAGCGACAUGGAUGAAGACUAUUUUUGA